AUGGCUGAACUUUUCGACUUCGAACUUUUGGACUCUGCGGAGGAUUUCGUGAUCCUGGGACCGGAUCCCAUGGAGCAGGAGGUGGCAGCCGCUGAGACUGCCCAGAUUGCAGCUGAUCAAGAUGAGAUGGCCAUUUUGGCAGAUUACGUGAUCCCUGCGGACAAGACUCCCGCCGACCUUGGAGCGGGACUUGGAGGCGAUGGUGAGUGGCAUCACCUCUCUCUCCUUGCAGGCCCCUGCGGAGGCCUCUGCUGGACUUGCGAGCCCUACUUCGGCUUCUCCUCCUACGGCAUCUUCUGCGGUGCCUCUGGCCCUGAUACUGAGAUUCCGUCAGCGAGUCCCUCUGAAACUGGUGCCUUGGAUGGGGGUGACCAUUCGAGAGACUUGGCAGGUGCUUCACGCCCUGAUACCGAGACUCACCCGGAUGUGUCAUCCUCCCCUGUGCCGGCCUCAGGGGCUUUGUCGCUGCUGGGCAAGCAGCUGCCGCCGGUGCCUUCCUCGACUUUGCGGACGAGCCUGGACACUGAGGUUCCGAUGGAGCAGCGCUUGCAGGAUCCUGUGACCUACUCCUUUGCCCAGGACGGGAACAAAGGAAUUUGCUUUGCAAUGG